AUGCCUGCCAGACCCCAUAAUGACUUGGCAGCCUCAGCCUCUUCCUCAUCGCACUCUCCAGCCGCCCACACCCCGACCUCAGUUGACGACCGCGACGAACUAGACUUUCUCGGCGACGACCCGAUCGACGAUGGCCAGGACAGAGAUGAUGACGUUCUUGAGGAUGACCCGCUCGGAGGCGAGCUGGGCGGCCCCGUCUCGUUCAAGCGCAAGCAAAACUCGUCCUUACUCGCGAGCACCGGCCGCAUACUCUCCAAUCUAGCAGGUGGCUCUGGAAGCCAGCCAUCAUCUGGCGAUCGCCCCGGCUCGGGCGACAAGGACAAUGCCCCCCUCGACUGGUACAUGGAGGGUCCAGGGAGGAGAGUUGGGUAUGAAGAUCUGACGGCAAUCGAUUGGAUUUUCGAGUACAACAAGGAGCGACUGCGGCUGCGCGGGUUGGCCUCCGGCGCAGGUGGGCUGGUUGGGUAUCUCAUAAACUUCCUGGACUCAAGUCAGAUCUGGGUGGUUGUGGUAUUGACAGGCCUUGCUGUGGGCGCAGUCGCUGCCUGUAUCGAUAUUGCUUCCGACUGGUUGAGCGACUUGAAGGAGGGCUACUGCACCACUGGCCCUGACGGAGGAACUUUUUAUUUAAGCAAGCCCUUUUGCUGUUAUGGCCAUGACUACCUUUCCGAUUGCGCAGGUUGGAGGUCAUGGGGCGCUACGUUUGGCCUCAAUGGGGGGGCAGGCUCAUGGAUUGUCGGCUACGUAUUUUACACAAUACUCGCUGUGACUUUUGCCGUUCUUGCUUCUGUACUGGUCCAGGACUAUUCCAUAUGGGCCAGGCACAGCGGUAUCCCUGAGAUCAAGACCGUUUUGGGUGGCUUUGUGAUCCGUCGGUUGCUGGGGCCCUGGACUUUGAUCACCAAGUCUCUCGGUCUGGUCCUGGCUUGUGCAUCCGGCAUGUGGUUGGGUAAGGAAGGCCCAUUGGUUCAUGUGGCAUGCUGUUGUGCCAAUCUUUUCAUCAAGUUCUUCCCAAGUCUCAACGGCAAUGAAGCGCGCAAGAGGGAAGUUUUGUCUGCAGCCGCAGCCUCGGGGAUAUCUGUAGCUUUCGGCUCUCCUAUCGGUGGCGUCUUGUUCAGUCUCGAGACCCUUUCAUACUAUUUCCCGGAUAAAACCAUGUGGCAGAGUUUCGUCUGUGCCAUGACGGCAGCAGUCUGCCUCCAAGCAUUUGAUCCGUUCCGUUCAGGCAAGUUGGUCUUGUAUCAGGCCAAGUAUAGCGUUGAUUGGACGGAUUUCGAAAUCAUCCCUUAUGCCAUACUUGGCAUCUUCGGCGGAAUUUACGGAGGGCUAUUUAUCAGGCUCAACAUGGCUGUGGCGCGAUGGAAGAAAUCCACUUCUUGGCUCCCCGGCCCGGUCUUGCAAGUUCUUGUAGUAGCUUUGAUCUCCGCCCUUAUUAACUACCCCAACUUUUACCUGAAAGUCCAAACAUCCGAGUUGGUUUCGAACCUCUUCCGCGAAUGCUCCAAGAUCCGCGACGACCCUGUUGGUCUUUGCAACACUGGUGCUGCUUCAUUAUCUACAAUAUUCCUCCUAUUCGCGGCAGCCUUGCUCGCCUUCUUCCUUGCUGCCAUCACCUUUGGGCUGCAAAUACCUGCUGGCAUCAUCCUUCCGUCCAUGGCUGUGGGGGCGCUUGUUGGUCGUGCCUUGGGCAUCCUCAUGGAGAUGUGGUACAACAGCAACAAAUCUUUCUAUCUCUUCAAGAGCUGCCCACCGGACACCCGUUGCGUGAUUCCGGGAACCUACGCCAUUGUUGGAGCCGCUGCUGCCCUUGCCGGCGUGACCCGCCUGACAGUUUCUAUCGUUGUCAUUGUGUUUGAGCUCACUGGUGCUUUGACCUACGUGCUGCCCAUCAUGGUCGCUGUAGUGAUAUCGAAAUGGAUUGGCGAUGCUUUCUCACGCAGAGGUAUUUAUGAAAGCUGGAUUCAUCUCAAGGAAUAUCCGUUCCUCGACAACACCGAGGAAAUGCCCCUUCCAGACAUCGCAACCUCCCAAAUCAUGACACGCAUCGAAGAGCUCGUCGUCCUCACCGCAACCGGACACACCAUCUCUUCUCUCGAAUCUAUCCUGGAAAUGCACCCAUACCGUGGAUUCCCCAUUAUAUCAGACCCCCGCGAAGCCACCCUGCUGGGCUACAUCUCACGCACGGAGCUCGCAUACAACUUGCGAGCCGCUACGCAAGAGCCUCGUUUCCUGCCCCCAGACGCUGAAGCGUACUUCUCCCACCAGCCGCUCGCUGACCCGCGAACCACCCUUGACCUGCGUCCCUGGAUGGACCACACGCCCAUCACCCUUCCCUCCCGCACCGCCCUUCACCUUGUCGUCACCUACUUCCAGCGUCUUGGGCUCCGCUACGUCCUAUUCUCAGAGCGCGGCGCCCUCCAGGGCCUACUCACCAAAAAAGAUGUCUGGUACGUCCUCAACGGCGCCGAGGAAUCGAGACACAACGCGGCACACGGUGGACCGGGCCACCACGCCGGCGGCAGCGCACUAGAGGAGAGAGGUCUGUUGAGAGCCUUUGCCGAUGAACCUAUAACGCCAAUGAGGGAGUCUAUGCUAUGA